AUGCUUCGUCAAAUAAAACCCCGUAAUGCGCGCUCCAAGCGUGCCCUCGAGAAACGCGAGCCUAAGGCCCAAGAAAACCCCAAGACGGCGCUCUUCCUCCGUGGCACAUCGUGCUCGCAAGUGACGCAAGAUGCCCUCAACGAGCUCUACCAGAUGCGCCAGCCGCUCGCCAAACGCUUUGUGAAGAAGAAUGAUGUCCACCCCUUCGACAACACCGACUCGCUCGAAUUCUUCUCGGAAAAGAACGACACCUCUAUCAUCGUCUUUGGACACACCUCCAAGAAGCGCCCCAACGCCCUUACCAUGAUCCGCACCUUUGGCCACAAGGUCCUUGAUAUGCUUGAGCUCUACCUCGACCCAGAGACCUUCCGUACUCUCGCUCAGUUCAAGGGCAAGAAGGUGCCCAUUGGUCUCAAGCCCAUGCUCGUCUUCGCCGGCACCGCCUGGGACAGCCCUAUCGCCAACGAGUACACCCACGCCCGCAGCUUCUUCACCGAUUUCUUCCGUGGCGAGCAGACCGACAAGAUCGACGUCGAGGGUCUGCAGUGGAUCGUCUCCAUCACUGCAGAUGAGCCCACGGCCGCUGGCGAGGGUGACGUUGGCGGCGCCAAGCCCGCUAUCCGCCUCCGCGCUUACACCAUCAGCACCAAGCGCAGCGGCUCUAAGGUGCCCCGUGUCGAGGUCAACGAGAUCGGCCCCCGGAUGGACUUCCGCGUCGGCCGUAUGCGUGAGCCCGAAGAAGCCAUGCUGAAGGAGGCCAUGAAGAAGCCGCGCGGUACUGAAGAGCGUACCAAAAAGAACAUCACGACAGAUGGCAUGGGUGACAAGAUGGGUCGCGUGCAUGUUGGUCGCCAGGACCUCGGUGAUCUGCAGACGCGCAAGAUGAAGGGUCUGAAGCGCAGCAGAGACGUCGCGAGCGAGGACGAAGGGGAGAAGGGCGACGCGGAAGAGAAGCCCAAGAAGGGCCGCAAGGAAUAA